AUGACAUCACAAUUACCUCGUCUAUUGAUUAAUCAGUUAAUACCAGAGCAAUUUCUCAAGCAAUUAUCACAAAAAUUUACUAUUGAUUAUCAUCAUCAGCCACCAUUGAAUAGACAAGAAUUAUUAACAACAAUAAAAGAUAAUUGUCCUAAUGCAAUACUAUUUACGGGAUCAUCAAUGGUAAUUGAUAAAGAAUUAUUAGAACAUACAAAUAGUAACUUGAAAGCAUUAUCUACUAUAUCUGUUGGAUAUAAUCAUAUUGAUAUAAAUGAAUGUGAAAAACGAAAUAUACCAGUUGGCUACACACCGGGUCAGUAG